CUCUAAUAAAUAAAAUAAAUAUUUUAUUUUUAAUUUUAUUUAUUUUAACACCGCACGAAAAUUAUUUAAAUAUAGUUACGAUGUAGGGAAUUUACAAAAGUAUGAGUACACAUUCUUCUCUAUUAGUUUAAUAAUUUUUUCAACCGUUUGAAUUUGAAAGACUUUCCAAAACAAUCGUAGUAGUUAGUUAGGAGUUAUAAGAAGUUGACAAUAUGAAUAGUUCUGGCGAUUUAAGUCAGAUCUCUGAUAUUUCCCGAAUUUCUCGUUUGAAUUGUAGUCGAAUAUUUGGUAGAAUAGAUUCAUUGCAAAACUUAUUUGAACAACAAUGUAGUUUGAGUUACAAUACAAGCAGAAAUACUACAAAUCAAGAAUCUAACCAUUUAGAAAAAACUAUAAAAUGUCUUGCUUCAUGCGAAGAUAGCAUAGGAGAACAUGUAAAAAGCAAAAUAAUUUUAGAAUGCAUAAAAGAGGCAUCAAUGAAUGUAAAUGGGAUAUUAUCUGAUGAUGUUGCUUUUAAACUAAAAGGAUUACUUUCAAUUCAUGAGCUUAACAAAUAUAUGCAUUUGCCAUCUACAUCAAAAAAUAUACAAGAGGAAUUAUGUAUUUUGGGAAUCACAGAUUUGCCAAAAUAUGAUCUUAGUUAUGAAGAAAUACUAGACAUUAAAUAUUGUGUGGAAACACUACUACGAGAGAAGAUACAUGAAUUUAUAUUAAGAUAUGAACAAUUAGGAGGAAACCUGAAGGAAACUCUAAAAUCAAUUGAUGGCAAUAUGCGUAAAAAAAUGUUUGAGCCUCAUGAAGUACAAAUAUUCCAAUGGAAAGAUAAAAUUGAAGAAUUAUGUGCUCAAUAUGAAGCAGAUAUUAUGAAAUGUAAGGCUUUGAUGAAUAAGUGGAAUACCUUAAAAUACAAAGAUGUAAGUAAACUUUAUUUGGAAAAAGCAGAACACAUAUUAUUGCAAGCGCAAGUUGCAGAAGUGCAAGCAAAGAUUACAAAGUUGUCAUGUAUUAUAAAAAUGUAUAAGGAGACCCCAAUAACGAUUGAUGCAUUCAAAACAUUAAAUGUAGCCAUAGAUAAGAAAUUAUUUGCAAUACUGAGUGAAAUUAAAGAGAAGGAAAACUUGAAAAAACAAUAUGAGAAGUUACAAAACACAGAAUAUAAUGAAAUCUUAAAAACUUAUCUACAUUUUUGCAAAGCUAUCGAGAAAAAAAAACAAUUAUUAGAAAAACUUUAAGUUAUUUGCCCAAAAGAAAAUCAAUUUUGAAUGUAUUUCUAUAUAAAUUUAUAUCUUGUAUAAAAAUGAAUAUAAAUAUAUAUACUGUUUAUGUGUACUUUCUGAUAUCACAUAAUAUAUAUAUAUAUAAAUUUAUUUCUACCCAUAAAAGGUAUUAUUUUCAGACAUUUUCAUUUCUAUUACAUUUAAAUAAUAUUUAUUACAACUCUUUAAGUUGUGUUACCUAGGAGUAAAUAGAUAAGAACUGUUAAAUUUAUUAAAUUGUAUUAGGAAGAACAUAUUCAGAAUUAUGAAAAAGUUUGUUUCAUUUAUUCGCUGUCUGAUAAGGCAUGUUCAUCAUGUGAAGUGAUGAGAGGUACACAAUUUUUAUCAACAAGCAUCCCAUGUUCAAUUAAAAAGGCUUCAACAUCAGAGGCAUAAAAAUCUACUCCUAAAUAAUCUGUUACAUGAACAAAAUUUCCUAUAACUUGAGCAGCUUUAUAAACUAACAAAGCUGGAACUCCUUCUUUCUUAAAAUGUUUACUGAGUCCAGCUACCGAACCUGUAACAAAAGUAAUAUUAUAUAUCAUAAUUUCGGUGAUGUAAAAGCAAAUAAAUGUUCCAAGUACAAACCUAAAAUUUUACAGAAUUUCACAAAGGGAUAGUUCUCUGCGACGGAUAUUAAACAACCAUUCAUAGCCUCACAGCCAGGAACAUUAGGUUCAUAAAUAUGAACAACAAUUGUCACUGAUUUGUCUUCAUUGUCGAUUGCUUCUAAAAAUUGAUCAGCUGUUUCCAAAUUAAUUACUCUACGAAAACAAAGUUUCUCAGUUCUUGCAAGCA